UCUAAACGUUGACCUUUGACCUCUCGUGGACGCGAUGGCGGCAACGUGACCGGUGGGUGUGUUCGGAUUCUAUUCCGGGGAAAUAUCUUCAAUUUUGGACCAAAUUUCCCGAUUCUUCCGCACUUACACGGAGACUCUUUGACCCCUAAAUGCUUCCGGAACAAGCAGAGGCGGUAAAAGAUGGAGGAUUGUGAAUCCAUUUUGAAAUUUAUGGCGGAAGACUUGCAGCCGAAGAAAGUGCGGCUGAUUGACCUGAAUCCGUACAUCGUGUGUCGUCUGUGUGGAGGUUAUCUAAUUGAUGCCACCACCAUCACUGAGUGCCUGCAUCCCUUCUGUCACAGCUGUCUACUCAAACACCUGGACUUCAGUAAUAGGUGUCCUACCUGUAACGUCAUUAUCCACGAAACCAACCCCCUGUACAACAUCCGGCCUGACAGGACUCUGCAGGACAUCAUAUACAAGCUUCUUCCAGCCCUUGAGGAGGAUGAAAAGAAGAGGGAGAAGACAUUCUACGAGGAGAGAGGGAUAGAAUACCCGCUCCGGCCUCCUACACCGCCACCUCCCCCUCCUAAGCCAAUCAGAAAACCCCUCGCCCAAAAGUCCACCAAUCAGGAGCCUUCGUACGAGGACUCACAGGUGUCCCUUUUGUUGGAGUUUUCUGGUACAAACCCCGGCGUGGCUUCCCAGAUUAAACCCCUGAAAAAGAAGUAUGUGCGGGUUUCGAACCAGGCGACCGUGGGCCACGUGCAGAAGUUCCUGCUGAAGAAACUGGAGUUGGAUUCAGACACUUUCCAGGUUGAUGUGCUGUGUAACGAUGAGGUGAUCGACCGAGGCCUGACUCUCCAGACAGUGGAAGAGAUUCUGGCUCAGAAGGUGGACGGGCUCAUUGUGCUGCACUACAGGGUGGGGAAGUACUCCCCUGUGUCUGGGGAUCACACCAGAGACUUCUGAACCUUAAUUAUCGCACUGAAAAAUUCGUUCAGAUCCAUAUAUACCUGGACUGGUUGUUCAUAAAGUUUGAACCAGGAACAGUUGUUUUUACAUGAAGCAAGCUUAAGCUGCAUUGCUGGGUUACUGCAAGUCUUGAGAGUUUUGAACCUUUCUAAGAAGUGCUACAUAUAGGAGAAUCUGUACAAAUCUGGAUCUGGAUCUCUAGUGUUUAAGGUUCUGUGACUUCUGAACUUUGUCACCUGAAAGGAUUGGUAGCCACCCCUGGCUUUCCAGGACUCCAAGAACUUCUGAAGUUGUGAACUGUACAAUUUUAGCCAGAAGCGAAUGGCUUAUAUUGCUGGCUUACCAGAAAUCAAGUACAUGUACAUUGUAUCUUCAGGAAUCCUGUCAUUUUGGAUUUUGGAGAAUUUGCACAUUGUACUGUUCUUGACACAAACACAACAAUACCAACUGUUAUUGGUUGUAUACUUGCACAUUAAGUACUACAGAUACAUGUAUUCAUGUAGCUCUACACAUAAACAAUCUAUGUAGGUCCCAAUAGGAUGAGUAUAGUAUUUGGAUCACUAAUGCAAGUGAGAGAGAGCACUUGACAAAGAGCGAAUGUAAAGUAACAAAGGAGAGAUUUUGUGACGCUAGAUCCUCAGGGUUGAAAAAAAGCCUUGUACAUAGCCUUAAAGCCCUGGAGUCCUUGCACAGGAGCUGCUUGCAUUACUGUAUUUGUAGCUGUAUACUCUGCUGCUACACUUAGGCCUGGCCAAUUUAAUUUCUUGGGUCUUGAAUUCACCCGUUUAUUUUCUUCAAAAGUCUGUCCUUUCAGAUAUAUUGAUGUAUCUAUAAUUGUAUAAGCUACAUGCUCCAUGGAUAUUUUCAUGCAUUUACAGAAUACUUAAUGACUUUUGUAUGUCUCUUCCAAAGUACAUUGUAGAAGUAUGGCAUUGGCAACAGACUUUUCUGUUUUUAUCUCAAUUUUGCCUACUUGCUACAUUUUUUUUUCAAAUUAAGAACCGAGACAUGACGACUGUGUGGCCUCCUAUAGAUGUACUAUAUAUACUAUAUUUGCACUGUAAGGGUAACAAAGACAAGGCUUGGACAUACUGUAGGAAAGGCGUGCAAAGCAAGUUAAGUUCAUUUGUGUUAUAAGGUAAGUUUUACUUGUGAUAGACACGCAAACAUCUGUAUAUAUUUGUGAACAUCAGUAUCGCUGCAAUGUUUUGUUUUUUUGUUUGUGAAAUUGUGACAUCUAAUGUUAAAUGCAUUUAUAUAUCCCAAAGCAAGUUGUAAAAUGCAACAAUACUGACAAACAAUUCUAAGGGUUCAAUAGUCCCUAGCAAAUACAGCAGUUUACUUUGGAUUUAUCAGCUAUAAACAUUUUAACAAAAAUGAAAUUUUUCAUCAAGAAGUUGGAAUACAUGAAAGUCAUGUAACUGUUGUAAAAGUUGUUUUCUUUAAUUUUAUUUCCUAGUCAAUUGGCAAUGCAGUGUUGUAACGUCCCAAAAUUUCAGCAGGUACCACACUGAAAUAUUGACAUUAAAGGGUACGAUACAAUUGUAUUUUUAUGAAAAAAGAAAGACCACAUGUAUGUAUGGCUGAUAGUAAAAGAAAUGCACUACAUGUACAUGUGUGACUGAAAUAAAUGCCUGGAAGCAGUUACUGUAAUAUAUGCAUUUAAUGAAUGAGUGUAUUUCCCUGUACAAAAUGAUAUGGAAAGAAAGAUAUUGAAGACUCUAUCAUCAAGUGCUCAAGUUUAUAUUCAGUUUAUACGUUAUAUA